AUGUAUUCUUAAUACUAAGCAGGUUUUUAGAAUCCUAAGGUAGCAAGUGUCAAUUUAUUAUCCUAGUCUUCAACUUCUAGAUUAAAAACUGAAGAAGACUAAUAAGAUCUUGCAAAAGUAGAAUAAUUCAUAUAGCACUUAAAAAAUGAAAAAUAGGUCGUUACUGUUCCAAGGUAAAACUUAAAAGAAUCUAGUAAUUUUUAAAAUAUGAAUCAUAUUCAGUAAUAAUAAAUGUUAAAAAGCAGUGUAACUUCACACUUGUAAUCUCCUAUUAAUAACAUUCGUGAUAUAUAGCAGUAACUUCAAAACAUAGAUUAUACACCUUUAGCCCACUAAUAAAAUCAAAGCACGAUUAGUAAUAUUAGAGAAGAAUAGAAGCAAUAUAGCUUGAAUGAAAAGUCCUCUACAAAUGCUUAAUCUCAAAGCAUUUAAUCUAACAUAAACUAAAAUUAUUAGUCUUAAUAAAUUAAUGGUAAUAUAAAUUAGGUAAGUGUAUCUUAACUUAGUGUAGGAACGAACUUAACCACAUAAAAUGGGAGUUUAAAUUAUGUUAUCCCAGCCAUGCCUUCAAAUUUGAUAGCAAGUCCUUAUAAUAAAGUUUAAAAUACUUCUUAAGGAUCAAUUAUUAAUAGCGCUGUUAAUAUAAUUAAAUCACCAAAAUAUGAUAGAGAAUUAAUGCAGACCAGCUAACUGAGUACUAACUAAAACUCUGGAGAAGAGCAUUUAAAGAGUCAUAUUAGCUAACUAACAACAGAAAUAGCUAUAUUAACAGAAAAGCUUUAAAAAAUGGAGUUAUAGAAUGAAGGAAAAAAGCUUAAAUAAAGUUAAUAUACAUAGUAAAAAUAGCAUAAAAAAGAUAGAAAAAAUAGCAGCAAAAGUAGCAGAAGUAGCAGCUACAGUAGCAGCAAUAGCAGUAAUAGUAAUACUAGUAAUAGCAGUUCUGAAAGAGAAUAAGAUGAUCCAAGAAAGAGAGACAAAAAAAGGAAAAAAAGCAAACAGCUUAAAAAAUAGCAAGAGAAUGAAAUAGAAAGGCUUAUGCAAUAGUAUUUAAAUUAUGUUCAUGUAGAUAGAUAUUAGCUUAACUUAUUUAGGGAUUCUUUUGUUAGUGAAAAUAACUUCUACAAAUUAAAAGACUCUAAAGAUUAUAAGACACUCUUUCAUAAGAGCUUGAUUGUUUUAAUUUAAAAUUUAGAAAAAAUUAAGCCUUUAGUGAUAUAAAGCAGUGUCUUGUAUGCAAAUAGCCAAGGUCAAGCAUUAAAAAACAUGAAUAGCAUCAAUGGAAAUGGAAUCUAAUAGCCUUCACUUUCUCAUGCAAGUAGCGCAGCUCAUUUGGGAUAGAUAUUUCAAAACACAAAUUCUAGUAAUAUUUCAACUAAUGGCUUUUCAUAAAGUACAAAUUUAAUGCUUUCAAAAAUGGGAAUAAUAAAUUCAAAUUCAACUCAUAAUUUACAAAGCGCUUAAGAAUAGUAGGAAGACCAAAAUUAGUUAAAAACUAUGAAUUAGCAACAAAAAAAUCUUCUUUAUCAAUAAUAAUAAUAAUUAAAGGAUGUGAAUGGUUACUUAUAUAGUUCAAAAUAACAGAGCAAUCUAAAUAGUGGGAGAGACCCAAAUUAAUGUCAAACAGAAAGAGGGGCACAAUCAAAAUGGGAUAGUUAACAAUAAAUAAAUUAAAAUUUUGCAUAAAUUAGAGGUAGUCAUUAUGUUCCUAAAUCUGCUGGUAUAAGUAAUGGUAAAAGCUCUUCUCCAGGAAACUAAAAGUAAAGAGUAGUAUAAUCAACAUCAUAUUAAAAUGAAAAUAUAUAAAAUGAAAUAAGUUAAAUGGAUCGUAAUUAUAUGGCUAAUAAUUAGCUACAAAAUCAUUCAGUAUCUAAGCAUCAAAUUUAAAAAACUUUCUCUUUUAUGCCUAGAGAAUCUCUUCAGAAUUAGAUUACUAAUUAAUACAAUGAGUAAGUUUAAAUUAGAGAAAGCUACAAAAUAAAUGAUAAUUAACUUAAUGGAAGUGGCAUAUAACAUAAUUUAUUACACUCUAGAGAAUCUUUUGGAGUUAAUAUAAAGCACAAUUAGUAAAUGACUAAUCCUAACUUACCAGGAUAUAAACAGUAAACUAAAUAAUAGGGGUAAAAUAAAAAAAAUAACUUACAGCUAGAAGAUAUACCUGAUGAUGAAGGUAUAAAUAAUUAGCAUUAAAAUAUUGAAAGUGCAAAAUUUAAAUAUAGUUAAAACGAUUUCAAUGAUAAAAUGAAAUAGUAUUCUAAUAAUUAAGAUUAUAUACUAAAUGAAUAAUAAAGAAUACCUGACUAAAGCAAACCAAAAAGGAGUGAUUAAAAAUUUAGUUAGUAAUAAAAUCCUAAUUUAAACGACAAUGGAUAGAAACACAAUAUCCAUUAUUAAUAAUAGUCUCCAAAAUAACCAUAUUAAGAAGAAUAUAAUUAUGAAGAAAUUCCAGAUAACUACUCAAACAAUUCUGAAAGACAAAAAAGAUCAAAAAGUAGAAAUAAAAGUUCAAAUAGGUAUGAAACUGAAAAAAGAGCAUCCACUUUAAAUGAAAUAGAUUUUGAUACUUAAUCAGUGAAUUCUAAAUCAAGUAAAUACUUACCUAAUGACGAGGCUGGAAGAUAAAGAUAUUACACAGCAAACUUAUAACAUAAGAAUGGUAAUGAUGAGAGACUAAGAACAAGCUAAAAUAGUAGAGUAUCAAUUCAUAGAGACAGUAAAAAAGAAAUACCUGCAAAUGAAUAAUGUACACAUGUUGGUUGCCCUAAUGGAUCAUGUUGUAUACAUAUUUAUGCUUAAUAAAAACAAAAAAAAGAAAGAACAAGCCAUUUCUUUAAGACUUAAGAAAGAGACGAAAAAAUAAUACCAGAUAUCAGUCAAAUUCCUAAAAGAGCAAAACCUGCUAUUUAAUUCUAAAAAACAAACUUUGAUAUAAUAACAAAUACAGAACCAAGCAAAAAUAAAUAAUGA